UGCAAUUUUUUUUUUAUUUUUUUUUUUUAGUAUUUUUAGGUAAUUUCUUUUUUGCCACACAACAAAGACAACGAUAAUGGAGUCUAAUUUGUCCAUAUAUACAACACUUCUUACUUUGGAAUCACUGGACAUUUCACCAGCUUAUAAUUUACCACUGUUCAUGUUGGGAACCCUUACAUAUUGUGCCAUUUUAUUUUUUAACAUUACCUUACUUCUAAUAAUUGCUUUGAACCAUAAUCUUCAUAAACCUAUGUACAUACUGUUAUUUAACAUGCCAAUCAAUGACAUUGUAGGUGCCACUGCUUUCUUUCCUCAGCUGAUCUCAAGUAUACUGUCACAGAAUAGAUCAAUUACGUAUUCUGCAUGUUAUGUGCAAGCCUUCAUGACACACUUGUAUGGGUCUGGAACACUUCUUAUCCUGACCGCUAUGGCUUAUGACAGAUAUAUUGCCAUUUGUCAACCAUUGAAAUAUAACAGCAUGAUGUCCCCAAAUACCUUGUUCAAGAUAAUCCUUACAUUAUGGAUCCUAGAUUUUGCAUUGGUUGGUUUUCUACUUGGUCUGAGCUACCGACAAGAGAUUUGUAACACACGAAUAGUAGACAGUUUCUGUAAUAAUCCAAGUUUGAUGAAGCUUAUAUGUGGGGAUGUAAGAUUAAAUAACUACUAUGGACUGUUUCUUACAAUUUUUCUCCAAGGAGUAUCAGUGCUUGUAGUUUUGUUCACAUACAUCCAAAUCCUAUUCACCUGUAUCUCUAAAAAACAAUCUGAUGCUAAAAAGAAAGCACUUCAGACAUGUGGUACACACCUAGCUGUUUUCUUAUGUGUAGAAUUCAAUGCAUUAUUUACCUUAAUUUCACACAGAUUUGAGAAUGUAUCCCAGUACUUAAGGAGGGGCUUUGGUGUGUCUGUGAUGAUAUUUCCUCCUUUUUUGAAUCCUCUAAUAUAUGGAUUGAAAACAAAAGAAAUUCGAAACAGUGCUUCACUUUUCAUACGUAAAAAGAUAUCUCAGUCAUAAAACAACAAAAACACAUUUUUAGUGUGAGGUUUAAUGUUUAUUCAUUCCAUGUACUGCAAUUCAAUAUGUAAUGCAACAUUUCUCUAUUAAAAUAUUUGUAAUGUAAUGCUUUAGGAUUAAAAAAAGAAAAAAAAAAAGGUAAAACAAAACAAGGUUAGCCUUUGUCUAGUUAUACUGAAAGUGAAUAAUCAUAUUUUAAAUAUUUUGUUUUUAUACAUUUUUUUGAAUCUUUUUAUAUAAAUUGAUCAAGAUCAACCAAACAUAAGAUUGCUUAGCAAAAAUUAUUGUACUAUGGCAUGAAGCUAAAGAAUCUCUUCCGCAAUGUAAAAGUGUAUUUUAACUUAUUUUCUUUUUGUCUUGUUCCUUAUAGUAGCAUUGGGUCUGUUUCUUAUUGUAUUAUUAAUACAAUAUUCUCCUUAAUGAUCUAUGUUAUUGUAUGAUGAUUGACCUCUCCAUGUUUUAUUUUUUUUUUAUUUUCUCGCCAUUCUCUACAACUAUCUAGUGCAUGCCAAGCUCAAGGGCCCAAUAGUGCGAGCUUGUUCUUGCAUUUUCUUUUUUUUACAUAAACAAUACAAUUUGUACUUGUGUGCAAAAUCUCAA